AUGAGGAAUUUCAAGUAUGUGAAUACAAUCAAGAGUGCACUUGAGGAGGUGUGCCCUGGAGUUGUCUCCUGUGCUGACAUUGUUGCUCUUUCUGCAAGAGAUGGAGUUGUCAUGUUAGGAGGGCCUCGUGUAGAAUUGAAAACAGGGAGGAGAGACAGUAAGAAGAGCAGCGCAGCAGUGGUGGACAAAUACAGAGACAACAUUCAUUUGAAUAUAGACACUGCCAAAUUAAGGGAUGGCACUAAAAGCUUUCAAUCUUCUGCAGCUCUGCAUGUCUCAUGCAAGAGCAGCACUCAAGAGCCGGCGUUUACAGAGACCGGUGGUGUUAACCACCAUGAGUUUUCUGGGUCAGAUCAGGUUCAUCGUAUGGUUGUUGAAGAGCAUUUGGAUUAUCAGGACCCUGGUGCAAAUAACCCUCCACCACAUGCACUUUAA